UUUAUAGUUUUAUAUCCCAGUUUAAAGACUCUGCUCCCACCAUGUUAACAGUAUAUCCUAUAUUCUCUGUGUGUCUCCAGUGCGGUGGGUAAGACAUGUCUGCUCAUCAGCUACACCACCAAUGCCUUCCCUGGAGAGUACAUCCCCACAGUCUUUGACAACUACUCAGCAAAUGUGAUGGUGGAUGGUAAACCAGUAAACCUGGGCCUCUGGGAUACAGCUGGACAGGAGGACUAUGACAGGCUUCGCCCCCUGUCCUACCCUCAGACGGAUGUGUUCCUGAUAUGCUUCUCCCUGGUGAGCCCUGCCUCCUUCGAGAACGUCCGAGCCAAGUGGUAUCCAGAGGUUCGUCACCACUGCCCAAAUACACCCAUCAUCCUGGUGGGCACCAAGCUGGACCUGCGAGACGACAAGGACGCUAUUGAAAGGCUGAGAGACAAAAAACUGUCUCCCAUCACCUACCCACAGGGCCUGGCCAUGGCCAGAGAGAUAGGUUCAGUCAAGUAUCUGGAGUGCUCGGCUCUGACUCAGCGGGGGCUGAAGACAGUCUUUGAUGAGGCCAUCCGCGCCGUCCUUUGCCCCCCACCCAUCAAAAAGAGAGGCAAGAAGUGCCCAGUGUUCUGAGGAGGAGGAGCUGGAAGACGAAGCCACCAGGAUGUCAUUAUUUUACAAUCCAACAUUAGGGUACUGCCAAGCGGGAACUGCUCUCAAACACAACAGCAAUCUACCGUCUGUACAGAAGGAGUUUAUCUUAAUUGGUCAGAAGCUGGCUGAGGAUUUCAGCUGGCGUGUUAAAGAUGGCGUAUUUAAGCCUAAUGUUUGGGUACAAAGAUGAAUUCUGUGUGAUGUACAGUAUGCCUUAAAACAAUUCUUACGAGUCUGACUCUUAGAUAUUAGGACUAGUAUGAAAAAGGUUUACUCAUUUUCAGGAUAUGCAAAAAUAUUUUUGCACUCUCCUGUUUAACCUUGACAACCUGUAAUUAAAGCACACAAGUUGUGAAAAACAAGGAAACAGACCAAAUGUAUAUUCUCCUUUUGCACACCGUAUAUUAAUGUUUUAUGCAAGCUUUUUUUGAUAGGUUUUUUGAAAAAUGACUUUAUCUUGCAAUGUUUCUUUAAAAACAAGCACAGUUUAAAUAAGUGGGAACAUGUGAUUAGUUAACCCUUGUUUGUUCAGCACUGUAGAACAAGGUCACCGUCUCCAGAUGAUAAUGAUCCAGACUGAAAGAUACGUUUUAUAAAGCCUCCUAACUGUUUAGAAUUUCCUGUCAAACCUGGCUCUCAAAUCUUUUUUUUUUUGCCCCCAAGUUUGGGUCUUUAGAGUCAUCAUUUGAUUUUCUUACAAUACUGAGCAAAAACUGCCUUUGAAUUUCACAUCUAUCAUAUCAUACAAAUAUAGACAAACAUUUGAUAUUUAAUAUUAUGCCAGUUGGUCAGCUUCGUGAAUGUUUUGAAAUUUAGUGUUAAAUUGACAAGCCAGAUAUUUCAUUACAUAUAACCAUGUGACAAGUAGUCCUUGGAAAAGGGCAGGUACUUUCAGAUAAUACUGGAUGAACCGUCUCUCGGUCGCUGUCCAUCACUAUAAGGCCUUACGAGGCAGCUAAAUUUGCGAAAUUGUGAGAUCAUGCAAGAAUCCUCGCAGGAUGCUGGUUGGUCUGAACUAGGGCCCGACCAAUACUGGAUUUUUGGGGCCAAUGCUGAUAUUAAGGAGUAAAAAUAAAUCAUUUUUUUCAGCUAAUAAUUUCAUAUAUAAAGAAUAUAUACAUCAACAUACA